GGACGGUACAGGAAUAGUAGAUACAGGAGGUGUAGUGUAGAGAAGUGUGUGUGAGGACGGUACAGGAAUAGGCGGACGGCAUGUAGCAGAGCGGGCUGUGUGUGAGGAGGGGCCGGGCAGGCCGCCAGCUCUCUGUCUCUCCUCGGUCAGUAAUGGCGGCUCUCGCUAGUUCUCUCAUCCGACAGAAGCGGGAGACUAAGGACCCGGGAGCCGCGCGGCCGCUGCCCCCCCAGAGGAAGGUCUGUCCCCCCGGAACCAAGUCCCUCUGCCAGAAGCAGCUGCUGAGCAUCGUCUCCAAGGUCCGACAGUGCGGACAGCAACGGGGGUCAGAGGAGAAAGAGUCCGAACCUCGGUUGAGAGGCAUCGUCACCCGGUUGUUCUCCAGGAUGGGAUUUUAUCUGCAGUUUCUCCAUGAUGGAACAAUAUCAGAAACCAAGAAGAGCUGAGCCCGUACUGUGACUCUCUUUAAUGUCAUCCCUGUUGGUCUACGGGUUGUCGCCAUACAGAGCUCAGAAUGUGGUCAGUAUGUGGCCAUGAAUUCAGAGGGUCGUCUCUACAAGUCAGGUUAUUUCACAGCCGAGUGUCGCUUCAAGGAGAGCGUCUUUGACAAUUAUUUUGUCACCUACUCCUCAACGCUCUAUCGUCAGCGCAGCUCUGGCCGAGGAUGGUACCUGGGCAUUAACAAAGAUGGACGGGCCAUGGAGGGUAACCGAGUGAAGAAGCACCGACCGGCCGCUCACUUCCUCCCCAAACUGAGUGAAGUCGCUCUCUACAAGGAGCCGUCUCUCCAUGAUGUCAUCAAAGUGUCCCCCAACAGAAGACUGACGCCAAAACCAAGUGCUCGGCUCCGAGGGGCCCGAUGAGCGAGACUGCACUAAGUACUGACCAGCAGUGAGAGGGCGUCUGGUGACAGAUGAGACGGGCAGGGUCGUCUUCUAGGACCUCUAACAAUGGAUCUGAAGGACCCGCCAUGCUGCAUCUGAGGUGGCAGUAGGACCGCUCGAGGACCACUUAAAGGGACAGACGCCUGGUCUGCAUCUCAGGAAGCCAGAAAACCGUCCUGCUGCAUCCAUGCACAGUAUAUACUGCAAAUGGUCGCCUUGUAUCCACACAUGUAUGUAUACACACUAACCAUACCCUGUACAGGAAGAGCCACCUACCUACUAACCUACUGUAUGCAAAUAAAUAAUGGCAAGACCGGCCUGGUCCUGAUUU